UGUGUUAGCCGCACUGUUUUAUUCUCAUUUCUCUGAUCCCAAGACUCAAGACAUUUGAAUUUGACAGUAUCACAAUGUCACUAAAUUAUUUUUUCAUUUUUAGUGUAAUUUUCGUGUUAUGUUAUAUUUCUGUGUCAAGUGAACAACUAGAAGAAGAAAAUGAAAAUGGAAGAUAUACGAUAGAAGGCAAAGUAUUUUUACCGGAAAAUUCUCAAAAUGACUGGCAAUCCAGUACCAAAAUAUUGGUGAACGGGGGCUUAUAUAGAGGGUUUUUGAAAGAAGACGGCACCUUUGUUAUAAGUAAUGUUCCAUCUGGAUCUUACGUAUUGGAAGCAGUUAACUCAAAUUAUAUGUAUGAGCCUGUUAGAGUAGAAAUUAACUCUAAAGGAAAAUUCAGAGCACGCAAAGUGAAUCACAUACAAACAUCUCAAGUCAUACAAGUGCCAUACCCUUUAAGAUUAAAGACAUUAGGAAAAUUCAGAUAUUUUCAAGUAAGGGAACAAUGGAAAAUUACUGAUUUCCUAUUCAAUCCUAUGAUUUUAAUGAUGGUGUUGCCAUUAUUAUUAAUCAUGGUUUUACCGAAAAUGAUGAAUGAUCCUGAAACUAAAAAGGAAAUGGAGCAACUCAGCAGCUUCACAAAGAUGUCUGAUAUGCCAGAAAUGUCAGAAGUCAUUACGUCUUUUUUGAACCGAGGACAACCAUCUAAAACAAAGGCAGUGAAAGAAAAGAAAAAGCGUCAAUGAUUUUUAGAGGUACAUUGCUCAUAUAUAUACUUUGUAUAUAAAUAUUUAUAAUAAUGUUAAAUUAUUGUUUGAAAUUAUGUAUUAAUAAAUCAGGAAUAC